CAACAGAUCAUCAACGUUUCAAAUUCUCAUUUCGUUUCGAUUUCGAUUUUAGUUUUUCAACUUUCUUGUAGGAGUUUGUGUUAAGGUGAUCGAUCAGUGUUUUGGUAAUGGCGGAUGAACACCAGAAAAGCCAUGAGUGCGAGAUCAACCCUACCACUACCGAUGUGGAAACUACUGAACGAGGGAUGUUUGAUUUCCUGGGGAAGAAAGAGGAAGCGAAGCCACAAGAGGAGGUGAUCGUCGCCGAAUUUGAUGAGAAGGUCAAAAUCUCCGAACAACCCGAGGAAAAUAAGGAAGAAGAGAAGCCCAGUCUCCUUGAGAAACUCCACCGAUCUCACAGCAGCUCCAGUAGCUCGUCCAGUGACGAGGAAGAAGCAGAGGAGGGAGGAGAGGAAAAGAAGAAGAAGAAGGGACUGAAGGAGAAGCUGAAGGAGAAGAUAGAGGGUGACAAGAAAGAGCAGAAGAAAGAGGAACACGAGGACACCUAUGUCCCCAUAGAGAAGUGUGACGACGUCACCCAAGUCCCUACGCAGCCAGAGGAGAAGAAGGGAUUCAUGGAGAAGAUCAAAGAGAAAUUUCCAGGUCAGAACAAGAAGACUGAAGAGGUCACUACCCCUUCCCCGGUUGUUCAUGCUCCGGUGGAGUGUGCCGGAGAAGGGCAUGUUCAGGAAGGUGAGGCCAAAGAGAAAAAGGGAAUUUUUGAGAAGCUCAAGGAAAAAUUUCAUAAGAAUGGAGAAGAGAAGAAAGAGGAAUCUCCAGCCAACUAAGAAGCUACCCAAAUCACAAUAGAGAUAUAUCGGCGAUUGUGUUUCUU